AUGGAUGAAAUGACGCGGUUCACAAGGUCAGAACAGGUUGUUGCACUUGCAACCUUAUGGAGAUUGAGAAUCCGCAAGGUGAAAUGUGAUGAGCGCUAUCCUGUUUGUCACCGGUGCUCGCCCACUGGACGCACCUGUGAUGAAUACGGAGUCUGGGGCGGAGGCAAUCAGUCAAACGGGGCCUGUCGGGAUCGAGCUAUGACAGAACGUUUUGAUUGGUUUGAGCACCGCACUUCGACUAAACUCAGGGGCUCAUUUGACUCAGAAUUCUGGACCAGAGUCAUAUUGCAGACUAGUGUUAACGAGUUAGCAGUCCGGCAUGCGGUUCUAGCUGUUAGCUUUGUCCACCGAAGAGGCAGCCUGAACACCAGGGAUACUUGUCAAGAAGAAGACGUUAUCGAUCAUGUAAAACAAGUCCCUUUACGAUAUUUUGCUAAAUCUAUCGACAAUCUUCAACCCCAUCUGUUAGCCAAUAGCCUGGCAUUAUUGCGUGUUGUCCUCAUCACAUGCAUCGCCUUUACUACGUUAGACCUCCUUCGAGGUCACUUCGACACAGCACGGAUUCAUGUCAGAAACGAUGUCGGAACCCAUAGACAAUUGAAUCGUGGAAGCUUUUAUGAGACUACAUGGUCAGGCAGAGAUUCACCACCUCAUGAACCGUGCCGUAUGUGA